ACUGUAUCUAUAGUUAUUUUUCAAAGUUUAUCCUUCUAAUUUUAUGGUGGCUAUUAGUUACCUCGUGCUUGCAUGUAAAAAAGACUUGAUUGUAGGUUAGAGAAUUGGAUUGUUUUUAAAUUAUAUUUCAAGUAAACAUAAAUUUCAAUAAAAUUGUCUCUCAUUACGUUGAUAUAAAUUUAUCUUGUAUUAAUCAUGGCGGUUCGUGUACAAUUUGAAAAUAACAAUGAAAUUGGUGUAUUUGCUAAAUUGACGAAUUCUUAUUGUCUAGUUGCAAUUGGUGGUUCUGAAAACUUUUAUAGUGUAUUCGAAGCCGAACUUGCUGAUACAAUUCCUGUAAUACACGCGUCGGUAGCAGGAUGUCGUAUUAUUGGACGAUUAAGCGUUGGAAACAAAAAUGGAUUAUUGGUUCCAAAUACAACUACGGAUACAGAAUUGCAACACAUAAGAAAUUCUUUACCUGAUAGUGUCAAAGUACAAAGGGUUGAAGAAAGACUUUCUGCUUUAGGAAACGUUAUUGCUUGUAACGAUUAUGUUGCUUUGGUUCACCCUGAUCUUGAUAGGGAAACUGAAGAAAUUUUAGCGGAUACUUUGAAUGUUGAAGUAUUUAGACAAACAGUAGCAAGUAAUGUUCUUAUUGGAUCAUACUCGGUUUUAUCUAAUCAAGGUGGUUUAGUACAUCCAAAAACUUCUAUUCAGGAUCAGGAUGAGUUAUCUUCCCUGUUACAAGUACCGCUCGUUGCAGGCACGGUCAAUAGAGGCAGCGAUGUUAUUGCUGCAGGCAUGGUUGUAAACGAUUGGGUCUCUUUUUGUGGGAUGGAAACAACUUCAACUGAACUUUCUGUUAUCGAAAGUGUUUUUAAACUUUCCGAAUGUGUUCCAGCUAAUAUUACAUCGACUAUGCGUGCAUCUCUUAUAGAAAGUAUGUCUUAAAGAAAUAUAAAACCGAAACAAAUUAAGCAAAUUAAUCCAUGAUAUACGAUAAGUGUACAUAUUCAUAGAAUCAAUGUUAAGUGGAUUACAAAUGCACAAUAUGAUGCAAUGCUUCUUUUUUUUUGGGUACUACUUUAUAAUUUCAACUAGAAAACCUUUCAAUGUAUUAAGACGUUCUAUAUUAAAAUUUAUACAAAUUCCCCACUCCCCUCCUUUUUUUAUCCAUUCUUUAUUCAUUUAUAUAAAAAAAAAAAGCAAAAAAAUUAUUGUAACGUUUUUUUGUAAUAACGGACGAUUUAAAAUCUAAAAAAAAGAUAAUAAUCCUUACUAAUUGUAUACAAGCAUCCUUGAAUUUACGCGAGUUUCCGUUUCACGUGGAUUGUUCUUUUCUUCACUUGAAUGAAAAUCACGUAAAUAAUUUAUAAUUACAAAAGAAAAAAAAUAAUUAAAAAUAAAAAUUAGUACAUCUUUUAGAAAUACGCGUAUUUAAUUAUAUUUUUAAUAUUAUUUUGUUAUGUAUAUAUAUAUUGAAAACUAUCGACGAAAUAUAUAGAUGCAAAGUGGUUAA